AUGUCUGACUCAGAUAGCGAUGACGUUAUGGGUGAAUUGCUCGGUUUGAAUAGUUCUAAUAGGAAGACUGACAAACCGUCUGGAAAGCCGUCUGGAAAGCCCAGACACACCACUCAACACAUGGAUUCUAGGUCUCCAACACCCAAAAAAAAGACAAACAUAUACCAGAAACUCGAUGAUAUUGAUUUUGAUAUUGGAUUCCCCGAGUCUUUCGAAAAACUUCGUGAUUUGCCACCAGAUAUGGACGAUGGUCUGCUAGAUCAGAUCAACGAGGAGGAAGAGCUCAAAGAGCUGCUACAAAAAGACAGAUUAUCUUCCAUAAAUCACGCUGAAAAACAGCAGGCCGAGGAGGAAAAUAUAUCUAGCAAAGUUCUCAAUGACCCAAAAAACAAGAAUUACCUCAAUUAUCUGAAAGGAAACGCCGACAGACUGAAAGACUUCUAUUUCAUAGAGAAACCUGUUACGGAAGUCGUUCCAAUGGGAGAGUUUGAUAAUAGAAUGUCAAAGCUAACAGCAAUAUCUCAUUCGUUCGAAAACGGAACAAUGUCCUUAAAGAAUGUUGAUAUGGAGACGAUUUAUAGCUAUGUGCGAAAACUAGGUGGUUCUUCUGACUUGCUUGAGAGGAAGACGAGGCCGUCUGAGCAUCUCAAACUAGGCUGCAUGGAUCCUACCUUGCCUAUGAUAAUCACUGUUGCUCAGUUUGAAGUUCUCGUGGCUGCAAUUGCAACCAGCAAAACUGAAGAUUAUAGUGGAGCUCAUUAUGAAAUAUUCAAACUAAUGGUCUAUAUCAUAGAGCUCUUUCUCCUGGAUGCCAGAGUGACGAAGCCCUACUUAUCUGACAGGAUUGGAGCCAGAUCUGGAAAUCCAAGCUCUGUUGAGUUGCUGAACGGUUGCUUGACAAAACUCACGAUAUGGAGGUAUCAGGAUCAAUCUGUUUCGCAAGGCGACUUCAAGGGCUUUUGCGAAUUGCUCAGAUCAGGUAUACCCCGAGACGAACCUGAUCUCGUAUACAGACUAAUCAGCAACAUUUCGGAUGGAACCAUUCCUUUUAUCAAAUAUGCCGUGUAUUGGCUGUGUCUGGAUAGCAUUGUCACCCUCAAUGAUUAUGACGAAUAUGAUGGAAACGACGAUGAAAUCAAACAGAAAACUGCUCAACUGAUAACUUAUGAGAUCGACCUCGAAAACGAGACAAACACCUUGGAGACGAUUGUGCACUCGUUACUGCUAUUCCUGAAUGUUUGGAGCAACUCGGUGUUGGGAACAUCUGCUGAGAGCGGGAAGAAACCCCUUCAUUAUGCCAAAUUGCGUAUCAGAUUGAUUGAGAGACUGGUGUAUGCAAUCAUUCCGAACUUCACGAAGUUUGAAAAGGUCACAGACGAGUUGAGACACUCUCAUACAGGGGCAGUGGGCGAAUCAAGCAUCUUCGAGCCAGAGGAAAUCCAGCCGAGAGAAGCAAUCUUUUCCAAAUUCAAAAGCUCGUUAGUGUCUCUGACCAAAGAGUACUUCAUUAACUAUGGUGGUAGCAAUUCGUCGGAUCCAAUUCAUGGUGAUUGUUUGCUGGUUCUCGCGGCAGUGGAACACAAGUUGGACAGAUCUAUCACCAAGGCGAGUGUGUUUUAA